ACAGACGGCCUUCAUAAAUGACUAUAAGCGGCUGCUGGCGGUUUUUAUUGUAACAUUUUUUUUCAUAGUUUGUCUCUCCACGUCAUGGCAUUUUCUCUGCGAGACGAUCCCCGCGGCCCUGACCGCUGGGACCCCGAGUCUCCGGCCCUGUCCACCUGCAGCAACGCCGACAUCUUCCGCAGGAUGAACACUAUGCUGGGCAACGCGCUGGACUUCACCGGCGUGUGCACGACGCCCAACACUAAGGACAAGCGAGACCUCCUGUGUGACCAAAAAGAAUCUGAGCUGACUCCCGUGGGCAGCAGGAUGCUCUUUCCCAGCAGCGGUGGUGCUGGCCUGUCUCCCUCCCACGAGAUGCAGUCAUCCCGGGGCCUACCGGAUGUGUCAGACCUAGGCCUGGGCCUCCAGUCUCUCAGUCUGUCUGGCUGGGAGCGUCCCUGGAGCAGCCGGGAGUCUGAUACACUCACCACCACCUCCCAGGUUCAGUCAAGCUCGCCUUCUAUGCUCAGCAUACUCAACAGUCCGCUGGGUAACAUCUUGGGAAAGCCCCCCAGCUACCUGCCCACGGAGUCCAUGAGCAUGACUGCUGACUUCCUGGAGAAGUUUCCUGGCAUGGCUCGCGUGGCAAACAGAUUGGACUCUCGCUCCUUUUUGGAUUCUCGUUCCAGCAGUCCUGUGGACUCGGAGACCAGUGGCUUCAGUUCUGGCUCAGACCACCUCUGCGAUCUACUCUCAUCUUUGAGGAUUUCCCCUCCUCUACCUUACCUUCAGUCAAACAUGCAGAAGGACUCCCUGCGGUUGGGGUCCAGCUUGGACCACAAUGACAGUAGCUCACCCUUAACUCCUCCACCAAGUGUCAGCCCUUCCUCUUCAGCAAUUUCUCGCCGCUGGCCGACAGGCUCUCUCUGGCCUGGCUUGGAUGUGCUUGACCAGUCUGACAAUGCGUUUAGCAUUGAGAGGGAGGCCCGCCUUCACAGGCAGGCUGCAGCGGUGAAUGAGGCCACAUUCACCUGGAGUGGCCAGCUGCCCCCCAGAAAUAACAAGAAUCCUCUGUACUCCUGCAAAGUCUUUCUUGGUGGAGUUCCUUGGGACAUCACAGAAGCUGGCCUCAUCAACACCUUCAGUAGUUAUGGCCCUCUGUCUGUAGAGUGGCCAGGUAAGGAUGGCAAGCACCCUCGCUGCCCUCCUAAAGGGUAUGUGUACCUGGUGUUUGAGAACGAGAAGUCUGUGCGGGCAUUGCUGCAUGCUUGCACCCAGGACCUACUUCACCCAGAGGACAGCGGAGAGUACUACUUCAAAAUGUCAAGCCGCCGAAUGCGAUGCAAGGAUGUGCAGGUCAUCCCGUGGGUGAUUUGUGACAGCAACUAUGUGCGCUGCCCUUCCCAGCGCUUGGACCCCAGCAAGACUGUAUUUGUUGGUGCACUGCAUGGCAUGCUAAAUGCUGAGGCCCUGGCCAGCAUCAUGAACGACCUAUUUGGAGGAGUCAUGUACGCCGGCAUCGAUACGGACAAACACAAGUACCCCAUAGGCUCUGGACGUGUCACAUUCAACAAUCAGCGCAGUUACCUGAAGGCGGUGUGUGCAGCGUUUGUGGAGAUCAAAACCCCCAAGUUUACAAAGAAGGUCCAGAUUGACCCGUACCUGGAGGACUCCCUAUGUCAGGUUUGCAGUCGCCAAGCUGGUCCGUUCUUCUGCAGAGAUCAGGCCUGUUUCAAGUACUACUGUCGCUCUUGCUGGCAUUGGCAGCACUCCAUGGACAUCCUGAGUAACCACCGGCCCUUAAUGCGCAAUCAGAAGAACCGGGACUCCAGUUAGACCACAGGAGUCCAAACUGGGACUGGAGCGAGUCCCAUGCUGCGGGGCCAGGGGCUGCCCGCCAAGGAGCGCACGUGUCGGCCGUCCUCACACGAGGGUGCCACGGCACUCACCGGGCACUUAGGGAGUCUCACUAGGAAACAUUCACUAUUGCACUUGCUCCAUGUUUGCUGUUGUUCACAGUGGCACUAUGCACAGCGACCUUGUUGGGAGAGACAAGGGGCCCUUCACAUCCCCCCCUUCCCCCUCCCUUCCCAGUCUUGUUGCCAGACCUACAUUUAGUGGAUGAAAACAAUUUUUUCUUUUUGUUGCAUAGUGAAGAGCAGUCUUGCAAGUCCUAAUACUGUUCAUUGGCAAACGCCAUACAGUGCCUUUAAGUUUUUUUAUCGCCACCGACCUGAGUUGGCAUAUCCCUUCGUGCAAGUCAACUGGUGUUUUUUUUUUUUUUUUUUUUUUUUUUUUUUUUUUUUUUACUUUUGGGAGAUGAAUGUUGAUCUUCAUUUAAACAGUCGCAUUUCAGACAUUUUUACGCAGUUUUUUACUAAUUUGUACACAGACAGUUUUAAGUCAAUUCAUAAAAUUUUGAACCGGUUUCUACCAGGCGGCUUUUUAAUUUUUGUUCCCCCUCUCCGAAUGCAUCCCCCCUCGUCCCCCACCCACAGUUUCAGCUGAACGGGCACCAUGUUGGAUUUACUACUCAAGUUAUCUUGUUGGUCCAAGUUGUAUUAAAUCUUGAUCCUGGAUAUUGUUUUGGUAGUUAUCCAUGGUCUUAUAGAAUCAGUUGUUCCAGAAGUAUCUCAAACAAUCCUCGCUGUUGUUUUUGACUCGUUAUCUUGUGGGUGUGUUUUUUUUUUUCCCAAAUCAACUGCAUCUUGAGAUGAGAAUGCCUAAUCCUGUUUUUGACGGUACAUAGUUUGAAUUUUGCACUUUUUAAUUUGCACUUGUGGAGGGUGGCAGUGGUUUUUAAUCACCUUUGUACAUCAGCAGAGGGACAUGUCUUAAUGUGACCAGCUGCUUGUUUCCUGUUGAAUGUAAGAACUUCCACUUUGCUGAUAUAGAGCUUGAGUAGACCCUCAGACAUGAUUCCAUGCUUUCUUAAACAUUUCUGCCUUACUGUUCCAGUUGAACGGGAGUGCAUAAUAAGCUGUGUGCCAAAGACAGUGUCUUUCUUUAGCCAUUAGGUUCAUCAUGCUGAGCUUGUUGUCCUUCAGCCCAGCUGCUUUUUAGAGUUUUGAAAGUCUACCUCACUGUGGUCUGCCAAGUUUGCUGCAACUGACAGUUGUGGAGUUUGUUCAGAUUGGGCACAAUAAAGGUGUUGAAGCAUUA